GCCAUAUUGUUUUAAAAAACACUUGGACUCGUUUGGUAUGGACGGAUUAAUCUGAUUGUACUUAUUAUCGUAAGUUCGUUAUUCUUUAUUGCGUUUAGCUUUAUUGUUAUUGUCAUUCAGCGUAUUUAUACUGUGUUUCACCCUGUAGAACUGUUUCAUCGUUGUAAUUAAAGCAUAAUCAACCGAGGAGUUCGCUUCAUGAAACAGUUGAUCUCUUCGUCAUGGUAGUCGUCGAAUGCUCUGUGCCCGACUGCACAUUCACAACAGACGAUGUCUCCGAAGCACUGGCAAUUGCCCUUCUCUCUAAUCACAACCUGGCCCACUGCAACCUGGCGCCUACCGUCGCAGACGCUGCCCCAGCACCUACAGCACCCAGAUCAAGUAAAAGGAUGACAGUUGUAUUAAUUUCAGAUUUCUUAAUCAUUGGUGUUCAAGGUGUCAGUGUAUGCUGUAUCUGAUUAAAGGAAUACUUUUGCAUGUAUUGAGUCCGACUGUGUUGUUUUUUGUUUUAACAAAAGUUUUCAUUGUAGACCAAGCACCUGUGUCUGUCGACUUAGAAACGUCUUCCAAAGGUGUCAUGGUGAUAGGGCGAGGGAACAGAGUGGCUGUAGGAACAGAACAGCAAGUAUGUAAAUAUCUUGUUUAGUAUAUAACUGCUCCAAGUAUAGUACAAAUAAUGCACAAAACAAGUACAAACAUCACAAGAUGUUUGGACAGGUGGUGUUUUGCAUUGUAAAAAACUUGUUUAAUUUGACUUGGAUGUGGCAGCUCUGGUGGGUGCUGCAUGUAAUUGAAAGCGCUGCCUAUUUUAUUUAUAUAUUGAUCAUUAUUUAAGCACUAAUGAACUUAUCUGUCAUUAAUUGAGCAGAUGUACUGAUUAUUGAUGAUUUUCUUAGAUCUUUAUUUAUGUAUUUAUUAUGCUUGUUAGAUUUUGAGAGAAAAUGAAGCCCUGAAAGCCUUGCUCAAGGAGCAGCAGGAGAUUAUAGAAGUAUGUAUCUCAAAUAAUAUUACAAGAUAAAUUCAUGUCUAUAUUAACUGAGUUAAUAAUGUAAAUUGGCUAUUGAAAAGAGUUUCUAAGAGGAUGUUUAUUUUGCUAUAAUAACUAAUUUGGGUUUUUUUUAUUAAAACAUUAUGUACUUUUCUGUGGAAGGCAAGAAAAGUGAUCAUUAGGUUGCAGCAGGAAGUGGACUGUCAAGAUUAUAAAUGCAAGGUAUGUUAAUUUUUUUUGCUGGUUUUUGCAAAAAUUGUUUCCCCCGAUUAAUCCAUCUUAACAUCUUGAAAGAUUAAUUAUAGUAAUAGGAGGGAGUGGAGUUCAAUUUGGUCUGUAGUCAUACCAGUGAUAAAAAAGUUGGAUGACCGCAAAUCAGGAGUCUGGUUUGUCAAUCACAAAUAUGACUACAGACACUCUAAUCACCACUGUUACAAUCUCCGAAAAUAAAACCAACUAUCAAUAUGGUUACAUAUUUCCCUGCACUAGUGAACUCUAGCUGGGAGUAAUUUUUUUUACAGUUAAGUGUUUUACUCUGUGUCAGGGGAGGUGGAUUGCUGACAAACAGUACUUCCCAAAUCCCUCCAGGCUUUGGACUGAAACUGUAUAACUGUUACAUUUCAGGAGAAGGAGAGGGAAUUACUCAAGAGAGAUGAAGAAUUAUCAGAGCUGAACCUAAGACUCACAGGGGAAAUCAUGAGGAUCAAUAGAACAAUUGCAGAAUUAAAGAAAGUUAACCCAGAGAUGGCAAGAAGGACAGGUGACGGGGACAUGGAUGUGGGUAAGUAACUACACAUGGACAUAUUAAAAAAUGCUCAGACUUUUUGAUGGUGAAAUGAAAUACACAUACUUUAAGAUGGUACAUUGGAAGUGUUUAUAAUUACAAGAGAAAAAGUACCACUGUUAUAUAUGCUCGUUUUUUUUGUCUUGGGAAACCUUGAGGCCCAGGAAAACAAAACCAACAAUAGUUUCUAGAGAAGGAUGUUUUUUGACUUGUCACUAGCAUGGGACAAAGAAAAAAAUUCUGUUUCUAUUACUUAACAAUAUAGUUGUCAUUGUAGACAUGUUACCAGUUUCCCCAGAGAGUACUCCUGAAGGUCCUGGAACCACAGGGAACCAGGAAGAUGUUAUGGCAACAGAGAAUACAGGGCUAAGAACUCCAUUAGAGACAAACUCCUGCAAAGAUUCAGCUGUGCAGGUACAUAACUGUUAUGUUUAAAUGGUCAAUAAAAACUUCAUUGAUGUAUACACCAUGAAAUAUUUGGAGCUCAUGGAGGAAAAUGAUAUAACCAAAGACCUGAGAACAAAUUGUUUGAAGAAUCAGGGGUAUUUUUGUAGUGCUUCUGUUAGUCUUUGUUAAAUAGUUAUCAACCAUAAUUUAAAGGUGGUCUGUGAUCUUUGAACAUCAGUGAUGAUUGUAAAUGUAAGUAGCCUUUAUCUUAAGGGUUUCUAUAGUAGACUGUCAAGGGCCAAUUUUUUUCCACUCUAUUUUUUCUUGUCAAACUAAGCAUUAUUGUUUUAAUUAGGGUUUUCAAGAAAAGAAAAACAUUGAAAUGCACACAAGUUAUUUACAGAAAUGUAUGAACUGAAUUCUUUGACCUACCAAAGUGUGAAUAGCAAAUUACAUGUCAACAUAAAUGACUCCUGAAGGGUUUCUUGUGGGAAGACAUCCUGUUCCUUGAAUUCCCAUUGCGUAAAAACCUCCUGAUUUUGGUUGAACAUGGAGAUCAUUACUAUCCGUCUACAUUUAAAACAAAAAUAUGAAUGGAGAGAGACAAAAGGAGAGGAGUCUAUUGGUGGAAGUAAAAAAGAAAGCUGGCUGUCAGCACAAGAGGUCACUGAAAUAGAUAAAGGCUCGAGGUUUAGGCAAUCCUCUCUGCUAGUACUUGAUCAUCAACCAUGGUUUUUUUGCCACGGCAUGCUAAAGCCACUUGUAAGUUGAAAAAAAAACUUUAUUUUGCCACAAUAACUUAUGAUUUACUUUUCUGCAGAAAGGAAUGGGAAGGAGAAAGAAGUUCCCAGAAGAACAUGUCCAUUUACCAUGGAUACCAAUCGUAUGUUAACUAAUUAUUUUUGUAGUUAGUUUUUGCAAUGAUGCUUCAUUCGAUUUACCUAUCAAAACCAUAAGAUUUUGAACUUGAAAUUUCAGACAAUCAUUUUGGAUGAGGAAGUCCUUACCUUUAUGAACGCUACAAAUAGUAACGUACUGGCUUAACCAAAGAAUAAAUAAAACAAUCUUUUAACUUGCAAUAGGGUGGCGGGUUAAUAUUUCCCCCCCACUAGUGGACUCCAGCCGGGAGUAUUUUUUUACAGAUAAAAAUGUUUUACUCUGUGUCAGCAGAGGUGGAUUGUGAACAUAAAUCCCACAUCCCUCCAGGCUUUCGAUUGCAAUUGUACAACUGUUACAUUUCAGAAGAGGGAAAAGAAAGAAGAUGAAUUGUCGAGCCAGAACUGGAAAGUAGAGUUCCUUGGCACCGAAGUUGCUGUACAGAAACCACGCAAAUGUGACCAUGUCACGCGUCUCCUUAAUGCCUGGAGAGUUAACCUAGGGAUAGACGACGUCAUGCUUGAGAUCGGACCUUCAAGACUAACCGUUGGUGACCUAUGGACACUUCUUCCUCCGCAUGAGGCCGCGCAAUGCUACUUGGUGACGAGCUCUAUAAGGGACUUUGUCGGGGGUUGGCUCGUAGACAAGGUAGCAUGUUCAUAAAGCAAUCUGCGUUUUAAAAUAUUAUGUAUAACCUACAAUCAAGAACGAUCGCCUUAUUGGACUUUGUCUCAUGUUUAUAUAUCUUCCAUUACACCAGGUUGUGGAAGCUGUGCUAUGGAAAUUCACCCUACAGUAUGACGGCCUGUUUUGAGCAGACAGCACUUUGGCUGAAAUUGUUGAAAUUGUUGAAGGUCUUAGUACGAGUUCGCUGUGGUCAAGAGAAAGCUUCUCAAAUAUUACCAGGAUAUUUGUUCCGAUCGUGGCACGUAGAAUUCACUGGACUCUGUUGGUAGGUUUUCUUUUUAACUUAAUAGAAUUGGUUUGAUUUGGUUAUAUUUAUAUUUAUUUAUAGCAAAUGCAAUCGAUGAAACUGAGUAUAUGAUUAAUUUGAGGUGAAACCAAGAACCCUGACUUCUUGUUUUAAAGGUCUUGGACAAAUCAAAAGCGGCCAGAUACUACUUUGACCCUUUGGCGGGAGAUUCCCAACGAGAAAUUGAUCCUUCAAAAGAUCCUCCUCUCGCAUCACUCAUAAAUAAGAUAAGGUAAGACCAAGUACUGUUGACAUGUCUUUAUUGAAUUGCCUUGUUCUGCCUACAGAAGGGCGAAUAUGAUAGGCAUGCAAUGUCUACUUUCAGUACUUAGAACAGGUGUAUAAUUAUAAAGUCGUAAGUGAAAAAAUUCCGCUCCUUCAAUUUAAAACAGCAGUCAGUUUAAAGUAACCCUUUAUUUGCCUGUCAUCAUAUUUGUAGUGGGUUCACUGACACCAGAACGGGCUGGCGUUCUCUAUCAUGGCCUUGCAUCGAGCCAGUGCACUUUAAACAGAAAGAUGGGUACAACUGCGGAAUUCUCAUUUGUCUCGUAAGUAGCCAACUCGCUAUGCACCCACUCGCGACAUUUGUUUUAAGUUUAUUACAGAAGUCACUAUCCUCAUUACAUUAUGAGGUAUCAAGGUACGAAAUCUUUACCCUCACAAGAUAACGAGCAAUACCGUUCGAUAGGCUAGCCGCUGGAAGAAGUACAUAUGAUUAAAUAUACCUCAACAACCGAUAGUUUCUGCCUUAAAAUGAAUUUAUGGGAAUAUUGCAUAUUCUUCACGAAUUUUUCCUAAUGAUUGAUUGUCAUUUUUGAUCGUUUCUUUCAGUUUGCAAGGUGUUUGUGUGAAGGCUCUUCUGUAGAUGCAAAUUUCGACGUAGCAACCGAACGUGCACGAAUAACGUCUAUGAUAUUUGGCUGUUGUUACGAUGACAUCCUCGAGUAAGUAACCUCAGUCGCAGCUUGUUUCCAAACUGUAUAUCCCUUAAUCUUGCUAAGCAUCAGGUUUGAUCUUGAUAUAGAGUUAGAGUCAAACCUGAGCCAAUAAAAAAGAAGAGAUAAUUAAAUAAAUGAUCAUGAAAUAUAUGUUCCGUCCGCUGUAGGAGAAAUAUCAACGUCUGCAAAGUGUGUCGAGACAGCGAUGGAGAAGACUGGCGGAGAUGCGGCAGUUGUAAACAGCUUUUCCAUGCAAGUUGUAUCAAAGUGGAUUUCUCAAAGACUCCCUCAGGCUACUUUGUCUGCCCCUGUUAAUUUCACAACAUUGUUGCGGAUAAGUUACGUAAAUCGACAGUGGAGAAGAUUCUCCCCAGAGUUGGGCCUCAGGCAAGGGCUAAUGAGAUCAUUGGCAUAAAUGAAAUCCGGAAUUUCAUUCGUUUUACUCUUUGUUGUUCUGUGAUUGAUCAAGAAGACCCAUGCCAUUUUCUCCACCAAUCAGUCGAAUGCAAACCCGAAACCAAUCACGACUUGGUCACACGCGUUUUCCCGCGCUUCAAGCCGUUUGGCUAUUCUUACUUUGAGUUCUCAUUGGCUCCUUGUAUUUUUUUACCUAAGUAAAAAACACGACACUUAAUUGAAAGGCGCUCUACUUGUACGAGG